AUGUCUGAUCACGACUCUGGCUCUGAAUCUGAAUCUAACAAACAGCCUGCGUUAAAUGAAGAUGAGGUCGCUAUCCUGCAGUCCUACAUUGAGCAAUGGGACUCGGCUGAGGUAUCGGACCGCAACAAGGUCUUGAAAGCAGCUGCAACCGAGGCUCGGACAAAGGCUCCAGUGAUGGGUAUACGACUGCUGAAAGAUCGCAAAGCGGUCUACGAGACAUGGUUCCGAAACCAAGGAAUGAAGAAGAAGCCGGCUAAACCCCCUAUCAAGAUGGGGCAGAGAUGGACCGAAAGAAGUGUUAUAGACACCCUCCGGAAGAAAGAACUAUUAAAAACAAUACAAGACGAGACUGGAGCUAAGCCAGGGACGAAAGAAAUGAUCAACCAUUACACCAAGCAGCUCAACCUCCUCAUUGCAUCCUUGUCCCCAGAAGAACUCAAAGAAGCCAAAGAGACGGCUGAUAUAUGGAACCGUCAGGGUGUUCCGGACGACGUCAAGUCCGACAUUGCCAGGAAAAAAAGUGAUGACAUGAUUCAUCAUUUCGCAACCGAGAUGUGGAACCGGGCGGGAAUGAGGGUCUUUGUUGUGUCAGCUUGGAAAAAUGAAGAGGGUAAGAUUCAUGUGGCCGGUCACGACUAUAACAAUGAAUAUGGUGGUGCCGACUCUUUCAUGAAGACUCGCAAAUGGGAUGCCAUCCUCCCGGAAUGGGAUUCAUAUGCAGAGAGCGCAUUUGAUGGUAACUUGGAUGGCGAUGCAGUUGCAACUCGCAAAAAAGGUCGACAGGACAAGACUUACAUCCUUGAUGUUGGAGACGACGGAUAUCCCGUGCUCCCUGCAUGUGAUUCUAUGGAUCUGGACACAAAGAAAGCAGUCGUGCGCGCAUUUUUGACUUGGCAUUACAGAAAAUGUUGUGGGGAUCCAAAAAUUUCAAUCCCAUGGAAGUAUGUCAUUCCUAGAUGCGGCGAGAUCAUUCCAACAGAGUGCCUUCCGGAAGGACACAAUCUCGCGGAGCCUUCAAAGAAGAGGGCGAAGAGCGCAGUAUUGGAAUUUAUCGGUUGGUGGGACAAUGAUAAAGAGGAUAUGGUGCUAGCUGCAGACAUGGAAGUACCAGUGACAACAGCGAGAAAGAAUAAGAGAAAGCUCAAGGAGAUGUCAGAUCCGCCAAGGAAGCAGGCACGUCCACGGCAGCAGUCUCCAGCAGGACGAUCGCAAUCCGGUAUCAAUGCGAAGACAAAAAGGGCUGGACAAGAGCCGGAAACGAACAUCCGACAUGGAACCGCCGCUUCAGGUCGUGCACAAAAGAAUCAUAAGGUGAAGAGGCCAUCAAACAAAGAAUCUGACGACGCACAAACAAUCAGCGACGAGUCCCUUGCUGAACAAUCCAAUGGAUCGGAGGAUGAUAUUCCUAGUGGCCAAACGGCGAUUGUGCCAAAACGCCUUAGAGGUCGUCCAGUCCUGAUCCGCGGUAGCAACGACUCCGACAGCGAGGUUGAGGAAAAUAUUCGUGAAAAGUCUGUUGAACCCGCACGAGGCAAAAAGGGUGCAUUUCCGAUCCAGGCCGCUGCUAUUGAUAUGAGAUCAUCAAAGAAGGGUGCAGCGGUUGAGAAGCCAAGAGACGGCCCUCCGAAGCAUGUGCAAAAGGGCCCUGACCCUGACCGUUCGGCAUCCGCCGUGACACGCAAAGCCAUUGCACCAAGGCAGCGGAUGGCAGAUCUACCAACGGAAGCCGGUAGAUCGUCUCGUGAGCGCAAAGAUGCUGUGGUCGGCGCAAAAGCUCGAGGGCAGAAAAGGACUGCCGAAGAAUGUUUGGAAGGAUCUCCUGCUAAACGGAAAAGAUGUCAAGGAGUUCAACAGGAUAAAGUGGCUUCAAUAGAGGCUAAGGAGAAGCCAAGGAAGAAACGGGUUGAAGAAGCUACCGAUGGGUCACCCUCCAAACGGACGAGGAGUAAGACUUCACAACUUGCUGCAGGCAAGCGCUCCCGGAAGCCGAACUCUCGGUACAACGAUUAUGUGAAGCCCUAA